AAAGAAAGUACAGACAAAACAAAACAACGUGCGAGAAGAGAAACCUACACAAACAUGGCGGCGUUAUCAUUGUGCUGCUUGUUGUGAUCAGCGCGGUAGCCGAUUAAAUUUCCUUUCUUGUUUGAUGAUCGGUAAUGGGACAUCACGCUCUGCUACUACUGCGAUGGCUUCUCUACACAUUCGCCUUGUAUUCUACUGCGAUGAGUUCGGAUGAGUGCGUUGUCACGAAUUGCUAUUCCAACUACAAGGAUGGCUCUUGUGACAACGUGGCAGAGUUUCGUUCUUGCCUCAACCGUUUGGCCAAGGAGUGUGCUGGUGACAUCAGUUACAUGGCUGCAAAGGCCCGUCUCGGUGAACUGAAUUGCAGUGAUGUGGCCAUGGAGACAUCAAAGCCCAGACCAACCAAGGAAACAUGUCUGUGGCGGUCUGCAGGUGAGCCAAAGGAGGAGUGGCGCCAGUGCAGCCUCUAUGGAGACACACACCUGCGCACCUUUGGGGGAGAGCUGCAGACUUGUCGUGCAAUAGGUGCCCGACCCCUGGUGGACAAUGCCUACCUGGCGGUGCAGGUGACCAACAGUCCUAUCGGUGACAAAGCAACGGUUCUUUCCAAGGUGACUGUUGUGAUCCAUGCACACAGAGGCUGUGCAAUGGAGAAAACCUAUGAAGCCGACAUCAAGGACAACCCAUUGCCAACUGUCUUUGUUGACGGGUCACCUUCGGCAGGCAAAGGAGUUCGUCUGGCACCACUCAGUUCAAGUCGCGUGGAACUUGUUCUGAGCCACGCAGGAGUGCGGCUACUGAUCCGGCGGCAGGGUGACUUCCUCUCAGUGGCCCUGCGGCUUCCAUCCUCUCUUGCUGGUGAUCAGCCACUGCAGCUGUGUCUUCGGGGCUGCUCCUCCUCAGAGCGCGUGCAAGCCCCCCACGGGGAGCCUGCCUGGCGAUUAGAGGAAGCUGAUGCGGCAUGUCGUGCUGCGAACUUGUCAGGUGCCUACCGAGAUGCGUGUGUGUUUGAUGUGUUGGCAACGGGACAGAAGGACAUGGCAGCUGAAGCCAGUGGAGCAGCUGUGGCUGAUCUGCAGGAACUGGGUGCAGCAGCAGCACCUCAUGUAAUUCAGCAGCCAUCUGUGGCUGCGGAGAGGAGAGCGUCAGUCACGGCUGUUGUGGCCAACCUUCUGCUGAUAGCAUGGCUUCGUGCAGGAAGCUGCUCUGAACUGCUGAGUGCAGUAAGGUGAAACAGUAGUCACAUUGCUCUGUGCUCUGGGAUGGACUUAAAACAUGAGGUACAUGUAUGAAGCUAUCAAGACUGGAGUUAUUUCUGUACAACGAACGCUCCCCACAGCCCCUUGGAUAUUCGUCAUGGAAGUGUAGCUGGAGCUAGAAUCAUUCUCUCCACAUCAUCUAAUGGACUGCCAUUUACAGCUGUCAGCCAUUGCGCUGGCUGUUCUCAGGAACUUUUUGGCAUUGUGUGGAGUCGUGUGUGACAUCAUGCACAGUAUGCGAGUGUGUGCACGUCAAUAUUUCAGGAGCUUUUAUCUUGGCUUUCUGUGAAAACUGAGUAGAAAUGGUGCGGCCCAUUCAAGGUUGCUGAAGUGCCAUAAGUGGACACAAUAUGGGACUGUAUCUUGUAAUGAACCAUCCCAUUUUACAUUAUUCAUAACCGUUGUGCCAAGCGGCCUAAUCCUUGCGAUAACGGCUGUGCGACAUUGUCUAAGCCAGUGCCGGAAUGGAAAGAAUGGAAAAUGAACUGGAUUAUUAGAAAAUACAGACCCUGGUCAGCUGACCUGCCAAGCGAACAAUAAAGUGUUUUUGAAUCUUACUUCCUCAAAUGAUUGUGUGUUGGAGCUAGGAUUAGUUUAGCUGACAGACCUUUUUUAUGUACCUAUAUAUAUGUAUAUAUUUUUAAGGCAAUAAAUACGUAACUUAUGA